AUGGUUUCUUUCAGGUCCACGAUAAAGGCUCUUUCGUCAGUACUGGCACUUGCCGCUGUGAGCAAUGCCCAAAUAUCAACAUUUAUAAACCGAUCAGCCACCGGCUACUCGGCGAGUUUCAAUGUCCCCGCGUCCGGCAAUGACACAUUCAUCCAACUCAACGGACCCGCAUCCGCUGGCUGGGUUGGGACGGGAAUUGGCACGGGGAUGAAGGGCGCAUUGAUGUUUGUCAUCUACUCGGACGGCAAUGGAGGAGUUACGGCUUCGGCGCGACUUGGACUUGGCGAAUUCGAGCCCGAGUUUGAGGAAUCGAUCUUGUAUGAGCUGCUGGAGGGGAGCGGUGUUGCAGACGGUAUCAUGACCGCCAAUAUCAGAUGCUCCAACUGUCGGGAAUGGAAUGGUGGAUCACUCGAUGUCAACAGCACCGCUCAGAACUUGCUAUGGUCCGUCGGAAACAACGAACAAAUCGCAACUACAGAUAAAUCUGCGACAAUCCACCAGCACAGGCUAUAUGGUUUCUACACUCUCAACAUGGUCGCGGCGACCGGUGGGAACGAUACGAACCCGUUUACGAGCAACGACUCGGUAGUGUCGACUGGGAGCUCGAUCGCGGCGCCGAGGACAAAGGCGGAUAGGGUAUUGAUUGCACAUGGUGUCAUAAUGGGUGUCACAUUCGUGCUACUCUUCCCGUUCGGUGCGGCGCUCAUCCGGCUGCUGAACAAUCGGGUCCCGAACGCCCUGGCGCUGCAUCGCGGUGUACAGAUCUUCAAUAUGAUACUGGUAUUCAUCGGCAUGAUCAUGGGUGUGUGGAGGAGCAGUAUGACUGGAACGCAAUGGCGCUCCUACCACCAAGUGAUGGGCAUCAUCAUUGUGUGCCUGCUGCCGCUGCAGGCCGUACUCGGCCAGAUGCACCACCGCCAGUUCCUCAUCACGGGCAUGCGCUCCACCUGGUCGUACGCGCACAUCUGGUUCGGCCGCAUCGUCAUCAUCCUCGGCAUCGUCAACGGCGGCAUCGGGCUGGGCCCCGAGCUGGCGAACGCGAGUAGGGGAUGGGUCAUCACGUAUUUGGUGGUUGUGGCGAUCAUGGCGGCGCUGUAUGCGCUGUUUUACCUGCUCAAGGAGCGGUCGAGAGAGCAAAAACGAGUAUUCUCCAGCGUACGCGGUCAGCAAUAG